GCCUGGUGCAUUCAUUAGGGGGGAUGUGCCCGUGCAGCGUACACGUCGACCUGCAUCCACGUCACCCUCUCUCUCUCGGUGCCACCCCUGGCCUCAGUCGCGCUCCGCGGCCAACUUAGUGCACACGCCACUCCGUUGAUCCUCCCUGGCUGACUCACUCGCGCUGCUAUUCACUGCGUCGUAACCGUCUCCCGUCGUCGACGUUACAUCCUCGAGUUUCCGCAUAAGAUCUCGAGUUCGCUGUGAUACGCGCGCACCGUCGUAACGUGUGUCACACGCGUCGUCGCUGAAUUUCGAUCUUGCUGAUUACGAAUUUGCGCCUCGCGCCAACGGAAGACGAUGGCCGAGACGAGCUGAAAGGACUUGGCGCGCAAGCCGAUACGUACGGGUACGAGUGCGAGUUGAUAAUCCGAGUGCGCGAAAGUAAACACGCAUCGUACACGCCGCGACAGACUUUCGGUGCAAGGAGAAUCCGCGAAGGCCCGCGGCCACUUCCGGAAGCGGGAGCGGAAGAGGGGCUUCCUCGUCGUCCUCGUGGAAGAUCGCCGACGGAAGAUCGUCCAUCCCGUCUUCAGGAGCGCAGCGUCCGAAGAGGAUCACGUACGACAACGACACGGCUCUACGCGCCGCCGAAGGCUGCGGGAGGCCGACGGGAUUUCAUGUUCACGAAUUUCAAUAAACCAGGUAACGAUGCGCCCGAGACUCGCCGGCGACGGAAAGUCAAGCCGCACGGAAUUGGCGCGUCGACGUUUCGCAAUCCUCGUUGCCGUGGCGGGACGCGCCGCAUCGCGUUUUCGCCGCGAUCGGAAAAGGGCGGGAACGCCACGGGGAGGGGAUUUAUCGAUCGCGCGAUCGAUGGCACGCGCGUUUCCGCCCGACUUUUCCUACGGGGGCGAAAAAACGGACGGAGGGACAGGAGGGUCGUGCGUCACGACGUUCCAUCGACGUCGCUUCGAAAUUGCUCGCCGCAAUGUGCUGUCACUUGCGCUCCUUUUCUGCUCGCUAUCUUGGAGACUACGAAUUACAGCGGAAAAUAAAUUUGCAUGGACGAGAAGCGGCGCGCGUAUACCGUAAUACAUUCUCUGGACGGGCUUUCAUCCGCGCUGUAGUAAAUAAGUAGAAUCAAUCGCGAAUUGAGCGGAAAAUUCGGCGGGGCACAACCCGAGAGAAGUGUCGUUGACGGGAAAAGUAGCGGGAAGUCAUGCCAGGGAAAGUGGCGCGUAUUUUUAUAUUCGCGAGACAUCGAUAGAGGAGCGGUCGUAAAUAUGACUGAAUGUUAAUCUUGUAAUGUAACACUUGAUAACACGCUUCAUCAAAUCAUGUUGUUUAUCAGCUCGGCGUCGAGUCAAAUACAAGCGAACUCGUUAGCGGGAAAAAUGCGCAGUAACGUAUGCGGUUUCGCGCUGGCUUCGAGAGCUGGGCAGGUGCAAGGAUGCAAUUAUUUACGGUGGGACGGUAUGGUCGGAUUCGAAUUUCCAUAUUUUCGCUAUUCGUUUGCACGAGUAUUAUUACUGCGCCUGCAGUAAAAGAUGCAUGGUAUUUCCGAUGAAAUAUGCCGCACGUUCAAGAAACGUGCCUUCCAAGGCGGUCUUAUCUUAGCUUGCUUCUUUCUCGUUCGAGCCAGAACGAUUUUGAUAAAAUAGAAUUUUGCAUAGCGAUAGGGUACAAUCUCGAAAAAAUUUAAUAUCUGAAACGUAAAUUUUAUUUCUGCAUAUUUGACGCUUUAGAUGAUCCGUGAAAUAUAUUGCUUCCUUGAGAAACUUGUCUUAAAAAUAGAUCUUAUUUUAUCUUUCUUUUUAUAUUCAAAAGGAGAAAAAAUUAGUAAAAGAGUAAUUUCUUUAGAAAACUGAUUUAUAAAACAAAAUUUUACUUAUUGUGUAAAUAAUCUACGAAAAAGAAAAAUAUCAUUUCUGAAAAAUAUUUAUCAUCGAAAAAAUACUCAAACGCACAAUAUUUUUUUACAUAAUAGUGGAGAGAAUUUUAAUGUAAUAAUUACAGAUAGAUAUUGGACGAAACAUUGGCUGAACCUUAAUGUGAAUUACAGGCGCUGAUACUUCUAUUUGAACGAUGUCGAUUAGCAUCGCUCUUUUGGCGGAAAAUACAAUAUUUGACAAUCCGGGCCGCAGGAAAUAUUGCCAUCGAUUUCAAUUAAUUUCUGCGCGGGGAUAGUCGUACGAUUCAUAGCGCGUUAAUUACGAAUGGGGGCGGCUGUUACGAAUGUUAACUAAUUUCAGCUUCGCAUUUCAGCGUAUUUGGCAGCAUUUUUUCCGCGCGUCAUAACAGUGGCGGCGGAAACAGUGGCGGCUAUGUCUCUCAUACACACACCAUACGCUUGGUUAAUGCCGCCGCUCUACGUCAAGCUUAAUUUUUAAUCUGCCGCCUAGCGCCGUGUCGUGAAAUAAUUCGCCGCUUAUUAUGCAAAUUUAAUCGCGCGUUUAUCGCGAGGCGCACUAAUCGCAGAUAACUUUCCCGCUUAACUUCACCGUCGCGAUGUGUUUUACUUCUUUUUAUUUUCCGGCGCAACAAAGAACGUCCGAGCCGCUUUGUUUUCCCGGCAGCAGAUACGCCCGCGUUUAAUCCCCUCUGCGAUCCCUCUCGACGCGAUCAUUGUGUCGUUGCCGUCCUUAUAGUCGUCGUCUAGGUGGUUGCGCGCGACAUUUAUGUUCGGACACCAACUCAAAUCGCGGCUCUUACUGUCAACAAUCAGCAUCCAUUCAAUCACUGAUCAGACGUCCCUCUUUCGACACGCGGCAAAUUAAAAUAGAAAAAAAAAUUAAUUCUUCUGAUUUUACUUACUCUCUUGCAAGGUGUCUGAACAUAAAGAUGUCAGAAAAAUCACUCGGAGAUUCUGGGUCGCGAUUCGAAGAAUAGAUCGUCUCGCAAGAAGACGAGCUGAAUUUUCAUGGUUCCGAGAGACAGAUACUCCCGAAUGAGCUUAAUUCUCCAAAGUUUUCCGAGUCCCAUCAUCUUCGCGAGGGUGGUUACUCGGAACGUCUCAAAGCGUUUCUAUUAUUCGGAUCGCUCUGCUCUGGUCUCUGGAGUCAUUUGGAGGGAUAUUUUGGAGCGUGGAGCUCUCGAAUACGUUUCUCCGCUUCGUCGUAUACUUGCUAAAAAGUCACAGCGUAUUCGGCGUGAGGGCAAUGUCGUAACGACAUUGUAUGUCAAUGGCGUGGCGUCUGCUCGCAAAAAAAAAAAAAAAAACGGUUUCGUUUGAAGAUUUCGUGCUUCAAAAACGCAUGCCCUUCCCGUCCGCUUUUUCGUCCCGCGAAUAUAUUGUAAUCGGGGAAAAUGCAUACCCGAAUGUGCAGCGGUGCGUCCUUUAUCGGCGCGAGAGCGUUCUAUAUAGAGCUUUUCCGAAUGUUUCCACGUUAUCGCUUCUGUUUGCGUCAUGGACUCGAACUUGCAAUUCCUAAUCGAUCCGAGGCGCCAGGCGGGAAUCUCGCAGUAAUAGAAACGCUGGCGUCUCUUCGGCUCUUUGCGCGUUUACGUCGACGGAGAUACGAAAAGAGAGAGAGAGAGAAAGAGAGAAAAAGAGUCAAGUAGUUUCUAUUUUUCUACGCUCAUUGCUCAAAGCGAAAGUCUAUUUUUUUACGUCUCGUGAACUGUACUUUGCUCAAGAAAAAGCCCGAGAGACUCGGUUAAAUAGUCGAUAUAUAGAAAACGGGAAUUCACGCUCGCGUGCAGCGCGUGAAGAUCUACGCGCCGAAGAUGAACUUCGGGCAACAUCCAGAAGAUAAAACGCGCCGCAACCUUGUGCCGAAAGCGGCGUUUUCCCGGCCAGCGCGGCCGCGCUGCAGCUGCGGGAAAUGCAUCGAUCGCCGAUGCAUUUCGUCGGUUCCAACGUCACGCUUCCGGCGUCAAAGGGCCAAGGUCGGCCACGCUUAAUCGCGUGGACGGUCGCGGCGAUGACCGCCGACAUCUUGCUGGCACGCAGGAUACACAGGGUCGGGAUUGGAGAUAGACAAGAUGGACCAGCAGUAUUGUCUACGGUGGAACAAUCAUCCAGCCAACCUCACAGACGUCCUGAGCUCACUGCUUGCUAGAGAGGCACUUUGUGACGUGACCCUGGCCUGUGUUGGAGAGACAUUCAAGGCGCACCAGACCAUACUAUCCGCAUGCAGUCCAUAUUUUGAGAGCAUUUUCAUACAAAACACCCAUCCCCAUCCAAUUAUAUUCCUGAAAGAUGUCAAUGAUACGGAGAUGAAGGCAUUGCUGCACUUUAUGUAUAAGGGCGAAGUUAACGUUAGUCAGCAUCUGCUACCGAUGUUCCUUAAAACAGCGGAGGCAUUGCAGAUUAGAGGCCUCACUGAUAAUAGUGUAAAUAACAAGACGGAGGAAAAGAGUCCGUCACCAGAGCCAGAAACACAAACUGGAGUCAGACAUACCGAUUCGCCUAAUCUCCAGUCUCAUCCUGAGAAAAGGAAAAGAAAGCAUUCAGGCAGCUACGAUGUUUCCCUUUCUGGCCCACCUAGUGAGAGAUUCUUAUCCGAUUCUCAGACAUCGUCGCAGUGUAGUUACAAAUCAAGUCCUCCUGUAAUUCCAAAGUUAAAUAACGCCCUAGGAGUUGAGAUGGAAGAUGGUGGUCGACCCAUGUCCCCUGCUUCACAACCACAGGCUUCUAUAAAACAAGAGGUGGAUCAUCACUUACCGGACUUCCAUGACAAUAUUUCCCUCCCUACUGGUAUGGAGUGGGAAGUUCAGAGAGAUGGGAAGAGUGACGAAACUAUGGAUAUACAGAACAUGACUCCAAAUCAUCCAGAUUCGGCUGUGGUGCAAGUUUCUCGCGAAAGUGCCAUCAUGGCUGGAGGUUCUCUCUGUGUCAAUAUGUCAGGAACUGCAUCUGAAUUUUCUGGAAAUUCGUAUAAUCUAAGUCAAACCGUACUUGUAAACUCGCACCAUUCGUAUAAAAACAAUAACGUUUAUCCAAUGCAAUCUUAUUCGUUAUCUGAAUAUAGUCCGAAUAUUAAAACUGAUAGUGAUAUGCAUAGAUCGCUACAAAUAAAUCAGGAACAUAGUGAUAUGCAUAGAUCGCUACAAAUAAAUCAGGAACCGGGAAUGUCCGUAACUCAAUCAACAUCGUGCGCAAGCUUGCAACGUUUUAUUCCGCAAGCUAGAAAACCCAGUAGAUUUAAACCCGCAUGGUUAGACACAUAUUCCUGGUUGCAGUACGACGAACGAUCGAAUCUUAUGUUUUGCAAAUACUGUAGAAAGUGGAGCGAAUCUAUACCAGAAAUUCGCACUUCGUUCGCAGCGGGAAACGGCAAUUUUAGACUCGAGAUUGUGAACCAUCAUGAUAAAUGCAAAGCACAUAAUCUAUGCGCGACUAAAGAAAGCGAGGCAAAAAAAAAUUACGCUUACGCGACAAAAACGUGCUAGCCUCGAUACUUAUUAUCGUAUUCUACUUGUGUCUAUCUACCUUAUAAUCCGUUUCGCUCAAUUAAUUUAAAAAGAAUCAAUAUUUCUAAAUACAAUAUUCACAAUAUAUACACACUACAUUUGUACAAAAUUUUAACUAAAUUCUUGUCUCUUAUUAUGCCGCUUUAAAAUUUAACCAAACUUGUAAUCAGAAAUCGUAAUAACGAAUUUGUAACAGAGUGUGUUACAAGCGUAUUGUUAUUUGGCUAUUUCAUCUCUUCGAUAUAUCCAAAUUCUUUUUUUCGAAAUUCUUUUUUUCGAUUCUUAUAUUUUAAUUCUAAAUUUUGUGAUUCUUGAAUUUUAUUCCAUCUAUCAUGCUUUUAUUAUCAGCAAUUUUACAAGUGCAUUCAUACUUUGUUGAAUAUUAUUUUGUAAAAGUUUGUCAUAUUUUUCAUCAAAUGAUUUUAAUGAUGUUAAAGUUAUUGUUAUAUGUAAAGUUAAAACAAUAAAAAAGCACUAUUAUAAUAU